AUGCAUGCAUUCACCACCACUACCUUCAUCGCGGCCCUUGCCGCGGCGGCGAACGCGUAUGAACUUUACCCCAGACAGAACAACGGGUCGUUGACGACCGCCACCGUCUUCGCGACGACUACCUACACUGUCAUCAGCUGCGCGCCCACGGUCACCGAUUGUCCAGCACAUCCUGAGUCGCAGAUCGCUCUUACAGUGACGGACAUUAUAUCUGUCGCCACGACUGUCUGUCCGGUUGAGCAAGCCAGUUCUGCAACCUCCGUUAUCCUGGCCAGCUUCUCGGCAACGGCUUCCAGCACCCCGGACCCAUCGGUAUCGUACAGCCCUACAUCGUUCAGCUAUGCGCCGAGCGACAGCUCGUCAUCGCCCUCGAUCCCCUCCUCUUUCUACUACGCGCCAUCCGGCUCGCUGCCAAGCUCUAGCGCUGUCAACGCGCCGGUGGGCACUGGAGCCCUCCCGAGCUCAUCUCCGAUUGUGGCGCCGCUCAGCACUGGCUAUAGCACACCUUCGAGCUCAAGUGCUGUUGCGGCCUUGGGGACCGGCUUCGUACCAGCAGCUUCACCUAACGUUACCAGCUCGUCCACCAUCACGAUCCCGACAACUCAUGUUGACAAUACAACACUGACUUACGUUCUCGGCACGGGCUCGUCCUCGUCAACCAUCACAACCACCAUCCACUCUACGCGGACGCAGUACUUGACCUCAACGCUGUACUUGACCAGCACCGCCGCCGCUGCUGUCUCCACUGCAAGCUCGGGCGUCAGCUCCAGUAUCGCAUCGAACGACGGUCCGGCCUCCGGCUUGUCCCAAGGCGCGACCACUGCCGGCACUUCCACUAUUCACUCGACCCGGACGAUUACCAACUUCAUCACCGUCUACCCGGUGGCUGCCUCAUCAACACCGGCGUCGGCUGGCAGCGGUGCUAAAAAUACCGCCGCCGCAGGUGCCGAUGGCAGCUGCGUAAUUAACACCGUGACGGUGACGGAGAAGGAGACCAUCUUCGUUACAAUUGGUGGCGGCUCAUCUACUUCCACGGGUGCCACCGUCCAGCCUAUACAAUCCAGUCCUGCCGCUUACUAUCCGACAAGCGGGUACCCAAGCAGCAGCGGCAUCGCCGGUGCGAGCAGCAGCCGUGCGGCCACUGGCUUCGUAACCGCUGUCAGCCCAUCCGCCUCGGCGUACUCAGCCACUAUCGCACGCAUCUAA